GGGGCCAGACAAGGGGCUAUAUAAGCAGCUGCGCCGCCAGCUCUCAGCGUACAUCGUGCUGGGACUUUGAAGCGUUGUGCUGCGUUUGCACUCACUCAGGACUGAACAAAAUGGCAUCAGAUGAGGGAAAGCUCUUUGUUGGUGGACUGAGUUUUGAUACCAAUGAACAGUCACUGGAGCAAGUCUUUUCUAAAUACGGACAGAUAUCUGAAGUGGUCGUGGUGAAAGACAGAGAGACCCAGAGGUCCAGAGGCUUUGGGUUUGUUACUUUUGAGAACAUAGAUGAUGCUAAAGAUGCAAUGAUGGCUAUGAAUGGAAAGUCUGUUGAUGGGCGUCAGAUUAGAGUUGACCAGGCAGGUAAAUCAUCCGAAAACAGAUCUCGUGGAUACAGAGGGGGUUCAUCAGGUGGCAGAGGCUUUUUCCGUGGAGGCAGAGGUCGGGGGGGCCGUGGCUUCUCUAGAGGAGGUGGAGACAGAGGCUAUGGAGGAAGCAGAUUCGAUUCCAGAAGUGGUGGAUAUAAUGGGUCUAGAGACUACUAUAGCAGCAGCAGGAAUCAAGGUGGCUAUGGUGACAGGUCUUCAGGAGGGUCCUACAGAGACAACUAUGACAGUUACGCUACACACAACGAGUAAAAAUCCUUCCUGACUCAAGAUCGUCCUUCCAAUGGCUGUAUUUAUAAAGAUUUUUGGAGCUUCGCUGAAAUCGUUAUUGUGUAGUACAUCUACUUGUAUUUUCACUUUUGUAGUAUUAUCAGUUCUGAUCUUGUCAAACACAGCCUGACAGCUUCUGAUAUAAGAUGGUCUGAUUAGACUUUUCUUUAAGAAAGCUCUGUUUCCAAGUGUUUUUAAUCUUUUUUGAAAGCACUACGGAUUUUAUUUUAUCCUCUGUGAUAAGCCAAGGUGUUUUUUUAAAAGUUGUGAAGUUGGGGCCCUAAUUCAGUUUUUUGAGAUAGAAAAGGACCUUUGAUUCAAUGUUCACUGGAAGCUGAACAAGCUGUGGACUUUAUAUUUUUUUUAAAGUGCAUUACCUUCGUCUCUUGUAACAUUCCUUUAGUGUAGCAAGGUAGGCAUGCAGCCUGGGUGUAAAUUGGAAGGCAAACCACCUUGAUAUACUUAAAGAGAAACUUGCUUGUAUGUUCAACCUGCAUAACGGUAUUUUUACUGUAUGAUGUAAAUUACCCAGAAAUAGACUCUCGCAAACUUACCAUAAAAGAGGUUCUUGAAAAUGUUUAUUUAUAUUGUCCUUUUUUUACUGGAAGAAAUAUGCAUAUUCCAUUGAUAUUGUAUUUGAAGUGGUAAAGGAUUCUUGUAUACAGUUUUCUUUGGCUUUACGAAGCCUAUUAAAAGACCGUCUGAAAUGAA